CAAAAGCGAAUCUCUUGGUUUACGAUUUUUCAUUGAUAAAUAAAUAAUUGUUACUCGGAUUUGUUUAUAAAAAUGAUAAGAUGCUUUAGUUCGCCAAAUAAUUAAGCUAUAUAUCGCUAGCUACACCAUCAAUAUGUGGAUUCCUUCCAAAAGCUCGAAGCUAGCUGUCGCUGUUUAUAAUUGGAAGGGAGAUGUGCGGUCUGGUCUGCCCCUGGAGAUCGGAGAAACUGUCCAGAUAUUAGAGGAAAAUGGAGGCUGGUUCCGUGGAUUCAGCACCAAAAAUAGAUCAGCAUGGGGAAUAUUUCCGGCUAGUGUGGUGUCAAUACGUCCUUGCACCGUCAAAGGUUUUGGUGCAUCGGUGAUAGCUGAAUUCAAAGAUGAUCCAUUGGUCCGUGAAAUUGCUUGUGUACUGCGAGAAUGGGCGAGGCUCUGGAAGAAAUUAUAUGUGGAACGCGAGACAUACAGGUUCAGUGCGGUGGCGAAGGUCAUGCGAGAGCUACUCAACGGACGGCGCGCUUUGCUCACGGGGACGCUCACUCAAGAUCAGACGCGGGCGCUGCGACUCAAGCUCGUGGCCAAGUUGGACUGGGGCAAUAGAAAGCUCGGCUUGGAGCUGGUGCCUCGGCGAGGCGCGGAGGCGGUGGAUCCCGAGGACAUCAGCUUGGUGGAGCUCUACAGGGUACACGCUGAGAGCGCGGAAAGGGCUGCAGCGUGGCGCGGCACGCUGCGUCGCACAGGCGGCUCGGGUAGUAGCUUCAACUCGAGCACUCUCAGCAAUGGCUCCACCGUCCAAUCCCACAACCUCAUGUGCAGCAUGCGCGACUUCGGUCACACGGCCGGUGGGGAUGAAGCAGAACUCCUACUGUGGCUCCACGACGCGAGAAGAGCCCAGCCGCUGUCCGAGCGAUUCCGGAUACGGAUAGCACGGGACGGGUUCUCGAAUUACGUGGAUAGGCUGCACGCGAAUAGCACGCUUUUUGCGGACCUAUCAGCGACAGAUCUCUCCCGCGAGCUAUGGCUGGUGGCGUGGGUUGUGCGUGUCGGACGGUGGUCGGGCGGCGGCAGCGGUACGGGCGAGUGGCGCGGCCCAGUCGCUCGACGUCCUCUCGGCGCUGGCGUGCUACCGUUGACAGAGUUCCUGAGGAUACCGGAGCCGCAGGCGAUGGAGAAGGAGUUUACGUUCAAGGUGUAUCAAUGUGAAGAAAAAGACUUUCAUCAGCUCCAUGAAAUGUUAAUACGAAAACAGAUGAACAAAUGCAAUAUUUUGCCAGGACAACCAAAUUAUGGUAUCGUAGUAGCACUACGACUUCUAUCUAAUGCUAGCAGUAUAUCGGAGGCGAUAUCGUCCGGUGCGACGGUCACCGCUAAACGGGGAUUCCCCGACGUCAUCAUGCCAGGGGAUGUCCGCAACGACCUCUACUUGACCUUGGAGAAGGCGGAGUUUGAACGAGGCGGGAAAAGCACCGCUAAGAAUGUUCUAGCUACAGUCAGCGUUCAUGACGACACGGGACAGGUUAUCAAUGAUUGCGUGUGGGGAGCCAGUGGUUGCGGCGCGACGCGUUUCGACUCGCUCGUCCUGUACCACAACAACGCGCCUGCGUGGGCGGAGCAACUGCGUCUCACGGUGCCGCUCGACACGUUCACGCACGCGCACGUACGCAUCGAGUUCCGACAUUGUUCCACACGAGAUAAGAAUGAGAGAAAGCUAUUUGGCUUCUCUUUCGCACGUUUGAUGGAAGCGAGCGGCGCGACGCUCCGUGACGGCGCGCACGAACUUUAUGUGUACAAAUGUGAUGACCCUAGCAAAUUACUAUCAGCCAGCUAUCUGUCCCUACCGUCAUGUGCCACGGACACCGCGAGAGCAAACACCAACGGCGUGCUCUCCGCAUUCCCUAGAAGUACCAAAGAAAACUGUAUUAUCAGCACCCUGCUGUGUUCCACGAAACUUACACAGAAUGAGGACCUUCUAGCUUUAUUACAAUGGCGUGCGCAUCCAGAGAAAGUCCAAGAGACACUAUUGCGAGUGUUGCGUCUCGGUGACGGAUUGAGCUGCGAAGAACUUAUAAAAUUCCUCAGAGAUGUCCUAGAUGCUCUUUUCGCGUUGUUUUCUACGGAAGAUGGAAACAGCACUCCCCACUCGGGUACUGUAUUUCUUGUGCUCGUAUCGAUCUGCAGCCUUCUCGAUGAGAGUAGAUUCCAACAUUUCAGACCUGUUUUAGACGUUUAUAUCGAAGAACAUUUCUCUGCUGCGCUUGUUUAUAAGGGUCUCCUUUCAUCAGUUCAACACUGCGCGGAGUGGGCAGCGGGCGCGGAGGGUCAAGAACCAAUACGCAAAUGUCUACGUUCACUCGGCUGCGUAUUCCGCCUCGCCGUGCGCUCGCGUCGUCUAUUCGCACGCGCGACCGGCGGGCAAUAUGAGGACAGUUUCCGACGAGACGUGAGAGCAGCACUACACGCGUUACGGCAGUUAGCGCAUCACCCACAUAGGGAUCAUUUGGCGCCGGCGCAGGUGGCGCUAAUGUGUUCAUGGGCGGGGGUAAUCCGCGAGGUAUGCGCGGCACUCGGCGCAGUGGAGGCGGCGCGCGCGGCGGUUGGCGUACUCGACGCGCCAGCUGCGGCCCCGCCCCUAGCACGUGCCCGCCUUGCUGCCGCACAAGAGAUACUGAAAGGACCUCUGGGAGAAGAUCCAGAGGCCCGCAAUAUAAUACUAACGACAGCGUGUCACCACUUACGAGUUCAUCUCGCGCGUCGCGACGAGUUGCCGCAAUGCGCCGAAAUGUUGGGAGAGCUGGUCACCCUGUUGUGGAAGAAGGAAGACCCCGAUGAGCCGAUAGAUGAGGAUGAGUUGGACCCGGAUGUGGAUGUGCUGUGUCUGAACACCCUGGAUGUGCUGGUGGAGACGGUGUUGCAUCUGAUUGGCGGAAAUUCACCGGUGUUGGGUUCAAUGGUAGCUGGUCUACUCGGUGUGAUGGAGCUACUGAAACCUGCGCACUACCAGCGACUGUGGAGCCAUCUAGCGCCGCACCCGCACGACAGGAAGCCGCUCAAAGAUUUCCUCAUGCGAGCCUUCCUUGUGUUCAGACAUUUGAUUGAACAAGAUGUAUUUCCAUCCGACUGGAUGGUAUUAAGGGUGCAAAGCUGUAAAGUUCUGCUAGCAGCGUUACAGGAACUAGCUAAACCGUUGUUGGAGAGAUUCUUGGGCGACGAACCUCCGCAGUUUGAUUCACAGCUAUGGUCAGGAUACCUAGAGCUAGGUGUGGCCUUAGUUACUGCCAGUGCGCUUCAAUCGGAGCGCUGGGUGUCUCGCGGUGGGGAGCGCUCGCGCAUGCGCACUGCGGCCGGCUUGCAGGUGCUGGCUGUAUGGACUCGGCUAGGCAACGCGCAACUGCAGCUCAUAGGCCCGGCGGUCGGUGCGUUACUCGAAGUGACGCUAGUCGGCGAACUGCGUCGCGCGGCGCUCGGCGCUCUCGUCGCGCUAAUGGCGGCGGAACGGGCGCAUGCGGGAUCCGCGCGACGCACGGAAGCGGCGCUAGUGGACAAACUAGACUCGCUGGUCGCUGAUAACAAGGCUGAUGAUCAUUAUCGACGACUGUUUGAUACUGUGGAGCAUCUAAGUUCGGUAUUGAUGGAGCGUGUGUCAUCGGAAGGUUGGCGUGAAGCGGGAGCGGCGUUUGUUGGCUGCGUCACGAGACUGCUGGAGCGGCUGUUGGACUAUCGUGCGGUGAUGCAGGGAACAGAGCACAGAGAUAAGAGGAUGGCAGCUACUGUUAAUUUGCUAAACUUCUACAAGAACGAGAUAGACCGCAAGGAGAUGUAUCUGCGCUACGUGUAUAAACUGCACGAUCUGCACAUCGCAUCCGACAACUUCGUUGAAGCCGGCUGUACCCUACUGCUAUACGCAGAAACUCUGAGCUGGGAUAGUGAUCAACUGGGCGCGGACCCUGAACGUCCAGAGGUGGUGGAGUGGAAGCGCAAGGAGGCGCUAUACAACCAGGUGCUGCAGUACUUCGAUAGGGGAAAGUGCUGGGAGAAAGGACUCCCUCUACUGGGUGAACUGGCAACACUUUACGAGGUGAAACUAUGUGACUACGCCCGUCUCGCUCACACACUGCGUACCAACGCGACGUUCCUCGACUCAAUACUGGAACAACUGAGACCUGAGCCAGAGUAUUUCAGGGUCGGAUUCUACGGGAAGGGAUGUCCACCGUUUGUAAGGAACAAGCAGUUCGUGUACCGUGGGUUGGAGUACGAGCGUAUUGGCGCGUUCACGCAGCGGCUGCAGGCGGAGUACGCAGCGGCGCACAUACUGAUGCGCAAUACGCCCCCAGACGAGUCCGUCGUCGCCGCUGAUGGACAGUACAUACAGAUCUGCAACGUGAAGCCCGUGCCCGCACGUCGGGUGUGGCCGGCGGGCGCGCCCGAGCAGGCGAAACGCUUCUAUGCGUGCAACGACGUCGAUACGUUCCUUUGCGACCGCCCCCUACACAAACCGCCCAUAGACAAGGAUAAUGAGUUCAAGAGUUUAUGGAUCGAGAGAACAACACUAGUCACAGAAAGCACCCUGCCUGGGAUACUGAGGUGGUCUGAAGUCAUUUCGAGAUCGGUAGAAGAAAUUCCACCUGUUGAGUUCGCCUGCGAGACGAUGGAGGCUACCGAACGCGAGCUACGAAGCCUAAUCUCCCAAUACACUGCUGAUCCCACUCAAAACAUCAACCCGUUCUCAAUGAGACUCCAAGGCACCAUAGACGCGAACGUGCAAGGAGGCAUCACUAAGUACGAGCAAGCGUUCCUGACUCCUGAAUUCGGUCGGACUGCCUCGCCGAGAGAGGCGGCCGCCGCGGCUAAAUUAAGAAGACUCAUCUCGUCGCAACUCGCUGUAGUAGACGCGGGGCUGACUCUACAUGGUCGGUUAGCGCCCGAUGAAGUUAAGCCGUUGCAUCGGCGUUUAGUGGAACGCUUUACUCAGCUCAGACAGAACCUGGGACCAGGCCUUGCACGCGCCAGACGACAACUCUCCGAGAGUAUAGUCAAUACACCGCUCCCUCCAGUGCCAUCGUUGGACAAGAGAUCUCACAGCAUACAACAGAACGAAGGAUAUUACGAGGACGGACAUCUGUAUAAUAAGCCAAUUUACUCAGCCGAGGAGCCCCUAGACCAGGGUCCCAUUAUGUCAGCGAGUCUCCCCGCUACAGGAUCGAACGCGAUGGACCCCGAUCCGAUGAGCAAGUCCGCGCCACCGCUGCCGCUCAGACCCAAGUCGGGCGACCCGCGGAGCCCCACGCGACCUAUAUUAGACCGUGAGCCGCUAGAAGAAGACGUGGAGACUCGCCGCCACAGCCGCGCGUCAUGGAGCGAGCCGGGCGACGCGCCACCGCUGCCUCCUAGAGUUUCAGGCGAUAAGCGGUCGUGGGGUGAGGCGCCGGCGGUGCCGCGGCGGCGAGCGGCCGACGAGCGCGACUCCGGCGUCAGCGUCGACCAUCAUUACACCAACGCCGAUAGACACGAUCUCGACCUAGUGGAGUCUCUACGCUACGAGGAGAUAAUAUCGAUGAUGUCGGUACCCCUGCAUGUAGACGAGGGGGAAACCCCUCCCCCCAUACCGCCCAAAGGUUUGGGACACCUGAGCAGCUUCGACUCCGGUCACCAUGAGAACGGCGAGUCACAUUGCUAGCGAGUAGCGACAAGUAUGGCAGUACAAUUCUCGUCACUAAUGGCUCCUACAUGUAACUGCGAAUUCGCAUCGCAAUGUCAUUUUUAGUAUGAGUUUUGUUGCA